AUGGCGGAGGAGAAGACUUUCCGCAUCGGCUUCAUCGUGCUGGGGCUCUUCCUGCUGGCCCUCGGCACGUUCCUCAUGAGCCACGACCGGCCCCAGGUCUACGGUACCUUCUACGCCAUGGGCGGCGUCAUGGUGAUCGGGGGCGUCGUCUGGAGCAUGUGCCAGUGCUACCCUAAGAUUGCCUUUGUGCCUGCUGACUCCGAAUUUCAAGGCAUCCUAUCCCCAAAGGCCCUGGAGCUGCUGGAGAACAAACUGGGCACCGAGAUGAAGAGCCCCAGCCUCCAGCCCCCUUACGUCAGGCUCUGGGACGACGCUGCCUAUGACCAGAGCCUGCCCGACUUCAGCCACACCCAGAUGAAAGUCAUGGGCUACGACGAUGACCCCCGCCCUCUGCUGACCUCUGAGCCUGGGAGACCGCAGCCAGGAGCCAGUGAUGGAGGAGAAGGUGACCCUGUUGACUCUCAGGCCUGGAAGGAGACCACUGUGGUCGUCCACCGGGGCUCGGACGAGGAAGAGCAAGAAAGAAUCCCAGCUCAAAGCAGGUCCAGCCACCCAGCCAGUCCCCAGGGCCCUGCACCUUUGGCCUCCUUCCAAGAAAACCUGGACGUGGGCUCCAGCGAGGGCAGCAGUCCCAACCCGUCUCCACCCACUGAGGAGGAGCCUCACCUGCCGCCAGAUCCCUGUGCCUGCAGGUGUCAGCUGGACCGCUUCCAGGAUUUUGCCAUGAUUGACGCCCCCACAUCAGGAGACACGCCCCCAGAGGGGCCAGAGCAGGAGGCAGUCCUGCCCAGCUACUGGCAGCAGUAUCCUGGGAGGAAGGUGGAGGCAGCAUCAGACACAGGCAUGGAGGAACUUCAGGAGGAAGAUGACUUGUACUAUGGGCUGCCUGAUGGGCCCGGGGACCCCCUCCCAGACAAGGAACUGGGCUUUGAGCCUGACACCCAGGGCUGA